GCGACUCCUGCAACUGCUGUACGUCGUGUGUCAGCUGCAGCUAUUCGGCACGUUUUGUUUUUCAACUAACUGUCAACAGGUGUUGAACUUGUUCAAUAUUUUAAUAUGUUGUGAGAGUGCAUUUAUCAAGUCCAAAUAGAUGGAAGAGAAACUGCGAGCUUACAGAAGACAGAAGCGACGAGAAGAUAUGGUUGAAACUGCUAAAAACACCUUCAAAGAAGCUUUAUCUUGGCAGAAAAAUCUUAUACUACCUACUAUUCACAAUCCUUCUCGUGAUGAUGACUUGGAAAGUAUUAUGUCUGAAGAAAGCAUAGAUUUUAGUCCUCCACCUAGUCCAUUUUUUACUAGAACCUUAUGCUUUCUUUAUUUUCUCUUAUGGACAACGAUAUACGUCAUUGCGAUUAAACUAGAAUUUGGAGCAGUGUACUUUGUGCUAUCGUUAUUGGUAUUUAUUUAUUACAAUACUCGGACAGGUCCUAAAAAGAAAGGUGAAUUGAGUGCUUAUUCAGUGUUUAAUCCAAAUUGUGAAACGAUCCAAGGCACCCUAGAUCCAAAACAAUUUGAACAGGAAAUCAGAUACGGUGGAUUGAGUGUACAUUGACUGUAAAUUGAAAAGACAAGAUCAUAAGCAAAUUAUAUUUUAAUGUGAUUUUUUGAUGAUGUUUAUUCAGAAAAAAUAUAUGUGUAUUUUUGAUAAGUUUAAUAAGUCUUAAGCUGAAGUAACUUUGGUGCUGUGAAUGGUAUACAAUCCUGUGUAAACUCGAGGACAAGGCAUUGCUGCGCCUUUUUGCUAAGAUUGUUGAACUUGAAGUAUUUUAAAACUUAAUAUAGUUGAAUAAAAAUUAUUUAUACAGUA